AUGGAAAAACCAGGAGCAUCCGCCCAAAAUGCGCCACAGGUCCAGCCACAGGAACAACCGAUGGAUCACGACUCGGAUAUCGAGGAGUUCGAGCCCGUCAUCAUGACCUUCUAUGCUCCAGACACGAGCGACGAGCCACCAGAAGGUCCACCAAUCCCACCAAAAAUCGAACGUAAGAUUUCUGUACAAAAACAUCAUGUGGCUGUACAAGUUAUGGCUCCAAACCCUGACAACCCGAUUGUCUUGGAUGAUGACGAGCCAGUGAUACUCCAACCAGAACCGAUUGCUCCACCAGCAGAGCCAGCAGUUGUCGCACAGGGACAAGAACCUAAUCCAAAUCCUCAGGAACCUGAAAUAGUCGAAAUUGAGCUUCCACCAGAACGAAUUGCUGAACCAGCACCUGCAGAGCCAGUACAAGCUGUUCCAGAAGUUAUGCCAGCUGUUGCUCCACAAGCUGAGCCAGCUGUAGCCGAGCCAGCGCAGCCAGCAGUAGCUCCACCAGCGGAGCCAGUUGUAGUCGAGCCAGAAUUAGCUGAGCCAGAGCCAGCCGAGCCAGGACCAGUCGAGCCAGAUGAGCCAGCAGUUCUGCCAGAAUUAGAGGAAGAAAUGGAGCAAGAAGACGUCGAAGAACCAGUUAAAGUCAGGAGAAGUGCUAGGCGUCGUCGAGCGUCAACACCACCGGGAGUACGUGGAUCAGGACGUCCACCAAGAAGAUCAUGCACCGUCCAACUGUUCUACGGAUUCCAAUCUCCACAUAAUCCUCCAUUUUUUAAGGAUCAUAUAAUGGACAACGCCGAGCCAAACCCUGCUCCACAGCCCCUCCGAAUCAACUAUGAACAGAUUGUAAGACUGAUUGAGGAGUACAUUUUUGACGAAUUCUACGUAGUGAGAAGAGUACUUGAUGAUCUCGAGCAUGUGCAUCGUCUCUGGAGGGACCAACCACAAGAUCAUAGAGCUCGAAGUACUCAAUUUCUGACCUCCGCAGGAACGAAACUUCGAUUUAUUCGAGAUGUGAUGAGAAUGUGUGUGCACUAUCAUGAGAAUGUUUUACGAGUAUUAGAAGGAGAAGAAGGAAGGCAGUAUCGAUAUUAUCAGUUGAUGUUAAAGAUGAAUGAUGCGGUGAUGCAGCUGAUAAGCCAUGCUCGUGAGUCCCCGGAAAUUGGGGAUGGUCUGAUGGACUUCAUUAGAAAUGAAUUAGCAACACGAGAAGAUGAAAGGGGCUUGACUGCCGAUGAAGAACGCUACACUCGAGAAUUGAAUGGAUACGAACCUCCGCGAAUGCCGCAAGAGCAAGCAGAUGUGAACCUCGCACAAAUACAAAUCAUGUUAUCUCAAGAACAAGUCUUUAAUGAAGCAUACGAGGAGGAAAUGAGAUUAGUUCUGAAGAAUCUAGAGUCCGUACAAACUUCUCUGAGACGUCAACCACAAGCUAGGCAACUUGCAUUGGAAGAGAAUCUCCCUCUUGCAUCACUCAGAAUUCGAAUGGCUGGUUCUUAUGCGAGAAUCAGUGAGGAGAAACUUGUCGGAAUUCGGGGCCCAGCUGAAAUUCAAGAACCAUUUCGUCAGUAUUAUGAAGAGAUGGCGAUGACAAUAUCACAAAAGGAGGAAUGUGUGUUCGAAAUGAUAGCACGUCUGACGGAUGAGAUGUUGUUGGCUCUGGUGGAGCGUCAAAUUAAUGCAACCAAAAACGAGUUGAAUGCUCGAAGACAGGGAAAUUGGGUACUGGAGAUCGUCAAUGAAGAGGAUCGGCAGGAAGAUCGGCAAGAAGAUCAGCAGGAAAUAGCAGUGGAGGAGCAAGCACCACCUCCGAAUCGACGACGGCUACAUCCAGACUUUGAUAUGUUGUCUAACCUUUUCCACCAACGCAUUCAAGAGUUUGAGAACAGGAUCCAGAGGGCAGUCCCUGUCCCAAAUGAAGAGAAUCGGCUAGCACAAGCGCUGCAAGCACAACAAAAUGCGUUGGUCCAGAUACUAGGGAAUGAUGUUGGUGGAGCAGCACUUCCAGCUGGUGAGCAGGAUGCGGAAGUGGUGAGGAAUAUUUUGAUGGAAGAGGAAGAGGAUGGUGACCAGGAGGAUCAAGCUGGUGAUGAUGAUGAAGAGGAGAUGGCUCAUUUUCAAGGAACAUGGCGAAGAAUUCCUGAAAGUCUCAAACUUCAUCUACCACCAAACAAGACUAAUUUAUGGAUCAAUUGGAAUGAAUACGACGUCAUGGAAUGGUCCCGCCAGUUCCUUCCCGAAGUCGUCGACUACCUAGCAUACGACGUCAUGGAAUGGUCCCGUCAGUUCCUUCCCGAAGUCGUCGACUACCUCGUACCCCUCGAGAUGGACGGUAGGGGCCUCUACAAUUUUGUCAACAACCCAAACGAAUGGUGCUUUGACAAAAUGCCAUUGGGUUACUAUUUGAAAUUGAUGAGCAAUUUGAAUCGAGUCAUUAAUGAUUAUAAUAACCAUGCUGUUGAAUAUUAG